GCUUCUACUUUCAGGUAGCACAGCCAUAUAUAGAGGAGUGCACAUACAGACCACUACUACGUGAUACUGGAAUUAAUUACUUGCAAACAGUAAACUAACAAUUAGAUCAUAGUGUACUGUUCCGCUGCAUCUGGUGAUAAUGAUAGGAUACUAACACAGCCGUGACAGUCUGAUUAGCAUCGUCGUGGCGACCGUUCCAAGUGGACGUAACAAAACGAAUUCUUCCUCGGUCAUCUUGCUGCUGGUGCCCUGGGCAACUUUCACUUUCUUUUCCUCUUCCCUUUUGCAGUGACUUGUACCAACCUCAGGUGAACUCCAAAAGAGGAGCAGUAAUUAGUAAAGAACUAGCAAAAGCAUCAUGCUAACCAUCACAGCAUCACUUUGACAGCAGGUAAAAGUGAAACCCCCCAAAAAAAAUGAUGUGAGAGAGGGGGGAAAUUGUAAAGGGAGGAGCAGAUGAAAAGGAAAGUCCAAAUAGCAGAGUAGUAAAUCUAGAAAGUGGGUGUGGUAUCUUUCCCUAGAUUUUCUUAUUCCCCCCUUCUCUCUCCUUCUAUUCUCUCUCCUUCCUCCGUCCGUCCCCUCGCCUCGCCUCUCGUCUCCUCUCCCACCCCCACCACGGUCACCAUCUCUCCCCAUCCCCCUUUGCCGCACUUGGUCUUCUCCCUCCUCAGGGCAGGGGAGGGGAAGCGGAAGAAGGAGGCGAGAGCACGGAAGCCUGAUUUGAUUUGCUUUUGGUUGCCGAGAGGAGGGGAGUUGGUGCAGUUUGUAGGCGUGCCUCUGUGUCUCUGUGUGUGUGGAGAUGGACCCCAAGUUCCCCACACCCCCACCGCUAAACAAAACGGAGCCCACCACCGCGACGACCACCACCACCUCGACCGCGCAGCAGCAGCAGCAGCAGCUGGAUCCUAAGGACUACCAGCAGCCGGCGCAGCAGCACCACCUGCAAAUCCAAAUCCACCAGCCGCCGCCGCAGCAGCAGCAGCAGCAGGACGGAGGCAAGGAGCAGCAGCUGCAGGUGGUGGCGCAGCCCGGGGAGCGGAGGCAGCAGGCGCUCGCGCCCAAGCGGAGCUCCAACAAGGACCGCCACACCAAGGUCGACGGCAGGGGCCGCCGGAUCCGGAUGCCCGCGCUGUGCGCCGCGCGGAUCUUCCAGCUCACGCGGGAACUCGGCCACAAGUCCGACGGCGAGACCGUGCAGUGGCUGCUGCAGCAGGCCGAGCCGGCCAUCGUCGCCGCCACCGGCACCGGCACCAUACCGGCGUCCGCGCUCGCAUCCGUCGCGCCCUCGCUCCCGUCGCCCACCUCCGGGCUCGCCAGGCCGCACCACCACCACCACCCGCACCACAUGUGGGCGCCGUCCGCCGCGUCCGCGGGUUUCUCCUCGCCCUCCUUCCUCAAUUCCGCCGCCGCGGGCACGGGAGACGCCGCUGGUAUCGGCGGACUCAUGCAGCGGAUGGGGAUCCCCGCGGGUCUCGAGCUGCCGGGAGGCGGCGCCGCUGGAGGCACCCUCGGCGCUGGCGGCCACAUCGGCUUUGCGCCCAUGUUCGCUGGACACGCCGCGGCCAUGCCGGGGCUCGAGCUCGGCCUCUCGCAGGACGGCCACAUCGGCGUGCUCGCAGCGCAGUCGAUCAGCCAGUUCUACCACCAAGUGGGUGCUGCUGGCGGCAGCGGCCAGAUGCAGCACCCGCACGGCCACCAGCAUCACCAUCAUCAGCAGCAGGAGGACGGGGAGGACGACCGCGAGGACGGCGAGUCCGAUGACGAGUCUGGGCAGUAGUGUAGUUGUUCAACUUCAACCUUGCGUUUUCUGGGUCUUUCCUCAAGUCAAGGAGGGGAAGGAGAGAAAAGUGUAUGCGUGCAGCCACGGGAUGCUUCUGCUACUCUUGGAUUGUUGUUCGUCGAGUUGUGAUGGAUUUUUAUCUUCAUUUUUUUCUCGUGUGGUAUCCAAACUCAACGGAGGCCUCUCUUGCUCUGAGGACUUGCCGCCUCGAGAUCAUCCUCAGUUCUUCCCACAAUCUCAUGGGGUGGAUGAUCGCCACAGCCUUCUCUCCGACUUCCAGGUGUAUAAUAGCUGAAAAACUUGAUGGAUUGGAUCAAUUGCCCUUGAGUGAGUGCUUUAUUUGUUAUUGCAAAGUGUGUAGAUAUUCAGGUAAUUUUGCAGUUAGAGAGGUGUUCUUUUUAUUGGAGUAAUGAUCCAUGUUUUAAAACAAUCAAGGUAUUCGCCAGCAAUUUGAUCCUCCUCCACAGGCUGUUUAUGCAA